GCUUGUGGCUACCAGGGUGCCGUCGACCAGGCGCCGUUCUCGUCCAUGAUCGCCGCCGGCAACCCUUCCAUCUACAAAUCCGGCAAGGGCUGCGGCUCUUGCUACCAGGUGAAAUGCACCGGUAAUGACGCUUGCUCCGGCAACCCAGUUACCGUCGUCAUCACCGACGAAUGCCCCGGCGGCGGCGCGUGCUCGAACGAGCCGGUCCACUUCGACAUGAGCGGGACGGCGUUUGGCGCCAUGGCGAAGCCCGGCCAAGCCGAGAAGCUGCGCGCCGCCGGUGUCCUCCAAAUCCAGUACUCCCGCGUGCAGUGCAGCUGGCCCGGAGUACAGCUAACCUUCGUCGUGGACGCCGGCUCGAACCCGAACUACUUCGCCGUGCUCAUCAAGUACCUGAACGGCGACGGCGACCUCUCGGCCGUCGACCUCAUGCAGACCGGGGCCGGGGCGGCGUGGACGCCCAUGCAGCAGUCGUGGGGCGCCGUCUGGAAGUACAACGCCGGAUCGGCACUGCAGGCGCCCUUGUCCAUCCGCCUCACGUCCAGCUCCGGCAAGCAGCUCGUCGCCAGCAACGUCAUCCCCGUCGGCUGGAAGCCGGGCGCCGCCUACCAGUCGGCGGUUAACUACUGAUCGAUAUAUAGCCACAAUGUUGUGUGUCGAGUGCGCGAAUAAUAUCUGCGCACUGUUUGUGUGUUUGUACUUGCAAGUGAUCAUUGCGACAGUGGUUGCAUGAUUUGCAAAGCUUGCAAGUAAUAAAGGCAAGAGGCAGAGGAGGAGGCGCUACUAGUAUAGUUCUCCCCUCUUCGCCGCUAGAUAACACCGAUGUGUUGGUACGUGUGUUAAGUGUGUCUGUGUGUGUAUCAUUGUUUGUAAUGGCAGCUCAGUAUUACUGCUUAAUGGAGAACUGAUAAUGAGUGGUAA